UGGUUGUCUAAGUGGAGCCCGAGCCCACGUCACAGUCUUGGCCGAGAGCCGACCCAAGUUCACGUUCAGAUUCAGUCUACAACACGCUUUCUUCUCCCCUAAGCGAGGAGGCCUUGACCGGAACCUUUUCGACCCCUUCCACCGUGCCACAGCAGAGCCUUCGCCGGUCCGUUUCGCACCUUCUUUUCGUCAUUUUCAGCCUGUUGAUCUUCCGUUCGGUCGUGUUUCUUCAGAGAAAUGUAUAAUAAUGUUGAAGCUCAGUCUGCAGCUUCAAAACCUCUACCAAGCUCUCAGCCAAAUCCAUUUGGAAAUGCAUUUUAUGGUGCUGGAUCCGGACUAAUCCGAGGUGGGCUGGGUGCAUAUGGAGAGAAAAUAUUUGGAUCAAGCUCAGAGUAUGUUCAAAGCAAUAUAAGUAGGUACUUUUCUGAUCCUCAAUACUACUUCCAAGUGAAUGACCAGUAUGUGAGGAAUAAAUUGAAGGUUGUCCUAUUUCCAUUUCUACACAGGGGCCACUGGACAAGAAUAACUGACCCAAUUGGAGGCAGACUUUCGUAUAAGCCACCAAUUUAUGAUAUCAAUGCACCAGACUUGUACAUUCCGUUCAUGGCUUUCGGCACUUAUGUUGUUCUUGCAGGCUUCUCACUUGGUCUUCAAGGAAAGUUUACUCCAGAAGCUUUGAGUUGGUUGUUCAUCAAAGGAUUGCUUGGUUGGUUUAUGCAAGUCAUGCUGCUUAAAGUAACACUCUUAUCACUAGGAUGUGGGGAGGCACCGUUACUCGAUAUCGUUGCAUAUGCUGGAUAUGUGUUCACCGGAUUGUGUCUAGCUGCCAUAGGAAGAAUAUCGUUGAAAUACUCUUACUAUUUUCUGAUGCCAUGGACAGCCUUAUGCAUGGGAAUAUUCUUGGUGAAAACGAUGAAGAGAGUACUAUUUGCAGAAGUGAGGAGCUAUGAUUCAAGCAGGCAUCACUAUCUCUUGCUCUUUAUUGCCUUGGCUCAGUUCCCACUCUUCACUUGGCUUGGCAAUGUGAGUGUCAACUGGCUUAUAUAAGUACAAUGUUUCUGUAUUUUUUUUUUAUUAGAAGCAUGUCAUUAGCCAUCUUUAGCUGUUAGCAAAACCUUAUGAGGAGAUCAACAAACAACUGCUCUUUGUGCUUCUAGUUUACACGAUUGUAAAAGUUUUUGUAUUGGUUUCUUCUACAGUUCAUUAGAAUUAUAGUAUAUUGUUUUCUUUUACCUCUGAAGAAAAGGUAGGAGGUAACAUGCUGAUGAUGAUGAACAAGUGUCAUAGUUUCCUGUUGGGUGAUCUGGAUAUGAACAUUAUAUAAUGUUAUCUUAAUACAUAGGUAAAAAAUGUUGAGGA